AUGGUGAUUGGGGUUGGUUUUGAUGGUUUGGUGUUUGUGUCUGAGGUGGUUGUAUGGUAUCUUUAUUACGACAGAAGAGGAAAGUACUAUAUUGGAAAUGUUGGAUUCAUGCUGAAAAGAUCAGUUAUGACUCCAUAUAGAGAAAUGGUAAGAACACGAGGUGCAUCUUUUAGUUCUCGUGGGGAGAGUUCUCGAGGAGAGAGUUCUCGAGAACAAAGUUCUCGAGGAGAGAGUUCUGCACAAGGUUUAGCUAGGAGACGACCUACAGCUUCGACACGGAGAGGGUGGGCAGCUCCUAUUCAGGAUGACCCUAUCACUGAGGAUCGAGCAUUUGAGGAGGAGGCAUAUCAGGCCUACGAGGGUCCUGUUCAGGAGGAGGCAUUUGAGGCCUCUGAUGACGAUUAUGAGGAGGAGGAACAUGAUGUUCCUGGCAUACAAGAGGAGGAUGUCGGUGGAUUUCCUGGAGGUCCACGUGAUGCUUCUUUACUGACGCACUAUGUUCAGCAUGUUGCUUAUGGUAUUUCACAGGGCUGGAUCUGCUACGAUUACAUUGAUAAGGGCUUGUUGCUCGGAUUCAUAGAGAGGUGGAACUUUGAGACGAGUAGUUUCCAUCUCCCUGUAGGGGAGAUGACGAUCACGCUUGACGAUGUAUCCACUUUACUUCAUCUCCCGGUGCUAGGACAGUUAUGUGAUUUGGAGGAGUUGGAGUUUGAGGAGGCUCGUACAGCCCUCGUAGACCUGCUCGGCGUUGAUGGUGGCACAGCUGGUGCUGAGAUGGAGGAUGCACGUGGUACUAAAGUCAGACUCAGCUGGCUGAGAGACAUAUAUGUUCAGAGGUGUCGGUCACAGGAUUGGGACUAUGCUGCCAGAGCAUAUCUGUUGCAUCUAGUAGGAUGCACCAUUUUUGCAAAUAAAAGUGCCAGUUCUAUACGCGUGUCUUACCUACUAUUAUUUAGAGACGUACACGCGUGUGGUAGAUAUGCUUGGGGCGUUGCUGCACUCGCCCAUUUGUACGAGCAGCUUGGGGAUGCCAGUCUGGCUUCCACGAAGCAGAUGGUUGGAUAUUUGACUCUUUUUCAGAGUUGGAUAUACGAGCAUUUCCCUAGAAUGGGAAGGAGGCGGUUGGUGUCUUCUUAUGAUGACACCACACCACGUGCGACUAGGUGGCAGAGCCCUCGGCAGAGUUUGACUCUUGUAGAGAUUCGGGAGCAGUUGGAUGGCCUGACAUACAGUGGAGUUGUAUGGCAUCCAUAUGAGGCACAUCGGGGCAUUCGUCCAUUAUUCAGAGUUUGUAUGUAUUCUGGAUGGAUUCAGAUUGGUGACACCCUUUCCCGACAUUUGCCUGAGCAUGUGAUGAGGCAGUUUGGGUUUUACCAGGAGAUUCCACGACCACCCACUGUCGUUGCAGAUGCAGAUGUAGUCGUUGUUGAUUUUGCGUGGUUGCACUUCACANACCACGUUAUUAGGAAUGUGAGACAGGCAUCAUACCCUUCUGAAUGUGUCGAUGGAUACAUACAGUGGUUUACGAGGGUUUCACAUCCCUAUAUUAUUGUUGCUCCAGCUACCGCGAGACCACCUCUUGCGCCUACACAAUGUCCUGAUGUUCCACAGGAGGCANGACCUCAUCGUAGAUCCUCUCCGCCUUCACCAUCCGGCGCCUUGGCUAGAUUUAGGAGAAUGGCUAGAAAGUUACAGUUGUUGAUAUCGUGUCGUCAUGUGACCGAGGGUACUGUUGCACAUCAGAUGGCGGUGGAACUGCUUCAGGAUGCUAAUGAUGGAAUCGACGAAUAUUCUCCAACUAGGAGAGGACAGAGGCAUGUUCUUGGUAGACGCUCGACGUCUAAUUGA